AUCACAAUCAAGUGAAUCAGAGCGCCAUGGAAGUCAAUGUGCCACAUAUUGCGAAUUUCAAUCCAAGUAGUAUUAUGGCAGUCGAAAAAAUCGACCGAGAGAAAUCAGUCCGAUUAGAGUGGAACGAUGGAUGUGAAUCGAAAUACCCGUAUAUUUGGCUUCGUGAAAACUGUCGUUGCUCGUCGUGUUACCACGGGGCGUCUAAAAUGCGUCUAAUACCAAUUGCAAAUUUGGCCAUUGAUGUACUACCGGAGAAAGUGUGGCAAGACGAUAACAUUAACGGUCAAGGCAUUUCCAUAUCGUGGUCCGACGGUCAUCAUAGCCACUACUCUUCGACAUGGUUGCGGCAGUUUCAGUUCAGUGACGAACCUCAAAAGAAACGUCUUAAGUUGUGGGGAUCAGAUUUACAGGGAAACAUACCCAGUUAUAAAUUUGGAGAUAUAUUAGAAAGUGACGCGAUAUUGCUUGAAUGGUUGGAGUCGUUGAGAGAUGUUGGAUUAGUUCUCACUAAAAACGUGCCAACAGUGCCAGGGCAAUUGAGCAGACUGUCCAAGCGGGUGGCGCCGAUACGUAUGACAAAUUAUGGGCACGAGUUCUCUGUGUUAAGCAAGCACGACCCAUCUAACUUGGCGUAUACUGGUGCCAAGUUGGCACUGCACACCGAUCUGCCCCAGUAUGCAUAUUCUCCCGGGAUCCAACUGUUACAUUGUAUUGCCCAGACAAGUUAUGAGGGCGGGGUUAGUGAGUUUGCUGAUGGCAUUAAUGCCGCCAUGCAGCUGAAAGAACAAGAUCCUAAAGCAUUUCACAUCUUAGCAACAACAAUGGUUGAUUUUAUAGAUACUGGGACUGACGCAUAUCAGUUCCACCUGAAAUAUUCCAGGCCAUUGUUCACAUUGAACACUUAUGGAGAUGUUGAUAAAGUACAUUACAACAAUGGUGUACGUGAUUCUAGUCUACGUUUGCCAUUGGACAAAGUAUAUGAUUUCUAUAAUGCACUGAAAGCAUACGAUAAACUACUCUACAGUCACAAAAACUUGGUCACAAUCAAACUGGAGGCCGGUGAUAUGAUUAUGUUUAACAACGCAAGGACGCUUCAUGGACGCAGUCAGUAUCAAAUUGAUGAAGGUACAUCGGGAACAAGGCAUCUUGAGGGCUGCUAUUUUGAUUGGGAUGAAGUAUAUUCCAGAAUUCGUGUUCUAAGAGAAAGUCUUGAAAUGCCUCAUCGUGAAUAUUAAUAUUUGAAUGAACUAAAACACUUUUGUAUGAACACGAAUUCCAAUGAUGAGGUGAUAGUUGUAUUAUGCUCUACCUUGGAUGGG